UUUAACAGACAGGUACAAGAUGGAAACGGAUAGCUUACUGGAGGUGUUUAGACUGAACGAAGUCACGGCUGCAUUCCAGUAGGCUGUAGUGUCUUGGAUAAAUAAUAUUGCAUGCACAGAUCAUAUUACUUUUACCGGCACUGUCCAGCUAUCAGAUAAAUAUUUCCAUAUAUUACGUGGAAGGUUUGUUGUAUAAUUGCAUGGUCUCUGACGCAAAAUGUUAAUUUUUAUUAGGAAACUUGUUAUCUUGGACGCCCUUUUAUGCGUCAAAGUGAUCCUUUCGUUAGAAAGUGACAUUUGUUAUCCAGUUCGACUAGACCGCCAGUAUUCUGCAAAUCGUGUUUUCUUUAGCCAAGCGAAGGAAGCAAGAGAAGAGCCGGUUGCUAUUAAAUUAACCGCCUUCAACCAAGAUUUUAAUCUUCAUCUGUUACCAGACAGCAGUUUCAUUGCAGAUACCCUGUCCUUAUACAGCGACACUCCCGCAUCCAAUGCCGCUGUAAAUCCUGAUUUUAGUCGCUGCUUUUACUCGGGUGAUGUCAAUUCCGAGCCGGACUCGUACGCGGCUGUGAGUUUGUGCAAAGGCGUGCAGGGCGCUUUCGGAUUCCAGGGGGUUGAAUAUUUCAUCAGGCCGGUACAGGAUGACACCGAUCUAUUACCUGGUAGCCCAGGAAGGGCGCAUACAAUACGCCGGCGGGAAAGAUCUCAUCAGAGCAGCAACUUUACCACCAGAUGCCCAGUGGACACUCCUUUCAACAAAGAUGUCUUCAAGUUUUUGGGAGAAUAUAAAAUGGCAAAAGAACAUCAAGCCGGGAACUUGACGAAAGGUGUUUUAAAAAAUCUGAGCAGAUCGAAACGAUUUGCCUCCAUACCCAGAUAUGUUGAGACCCUAGUCGUUGCGGACGAGUCCAUGACUGAAUUCCACGGUGACAAUCUCAAACAUUACGUCCUGACUCUGAUGUCCGUGGCCGCCCAGCUGUACAAACACCCCAGCAUCCUCAACGCUAUCAACAUAGUGGUCGUCAAGUUUAUAGUCAUUAAUGAAGCCGACAAAGGACCCAAAGUUACAACUAACGCCGCUCUGACGUUGCGCAAUUUCUGCACGUGGCAGAAAAAGUUAAAUAAAAACAAUGACAAGCAUCACGAAUACUGGGACACUGCCGUGUUAUUCACCAGACAGAACCUGUGUGGUGCCACCACGUGCGACACACUGGGAAUGGCGGACGUGGGCACCAUGUGCGACCCCAGGAGGAGCUGCUCCGUCAUUGAGGAUGAUGGACUGCCCUCGGCAUUCACCACAGCACAUGAGCUGGGCCAUGUCUUCAACAUGCCCCAUGACAACGCAAAGGCCUGCGAGGAGAACUUCGGCCAGCUGAAGGAGAAUCACAUGAUGUCUCCCACACUCAUCAAGAUUGACCGCAACAAGCCAUGGUCCGCCUGCAGCGCCGCCAUCAUUACUAACUUCCUGGACAGUGGCCACGGCGACUGCCUGCUGGACGUGCCAGUGAAGCCAUUGGCGGUUCCUGAUAGCCUGCCCGGCUCCAGCUAUAGCCUCAGCCGGCAGUGUGAGCUGGCCUUCGGCGCUGGGUCCCAGCCCUGCCCGUACACGCAACACUGCGCUCGGCUCUGGUGCACCGGCCGCACCGGAGAGCAGCUUGUCUGCCAGACGCGUCACUUCCCCUGGGCUGACGGCACGUCCUGCGGCGACGGCGGUGUCUGUCUGCGGGGGGUGUGUGCUGAUAAGCGGGACGCUUACAAGGCCCCGGUGGAUGGAAAAUGGGGCAAGUGGGGGGUGUAUGGCCCGUGUUCCCGUACAUGCGGCAGGGGGGUCCAGCUGGCCAGCAGGAACUGUGACAAUCCCAUUCCCACCAACGGGGGCAAGUACUGCCAGGGAACCCGAGUGAAAUAUCAGUUGUGCGAGCUGGAGCCCUGUCCUGAGACAGGCAGGAGCUUCCGGGAAGAGCAGUGUGAGGCCUUCAACAGUAUUAGCCUCAACACCAACCGGCUGACUCCCUCAGUGGUGUGGGUCCCCAAGUAUUCGGGGGUCUCCCCCAAGGACAAAUGCAAGCUUAUCUGCAGAGCCAAUGGGACAGGCUACUUCUACGUCCUCGCACCUAAGGUGGUGGACGGGACGUCCUGCUCCCCAGGCUUGUCGGCUGUCUGCGUUCAGGGCAGAUGCGUCAAGGCCGGCUGUGAUGGGCAGCUCUCCUCUGACAAGAAGUUUGAUAAGUGUGGUGUGUGCGGAGGGGAUGGGCGCAGCUGCAGGAAGGUGUCAGGAUUGUUCACUAAACCCACGAAUGGGUACAACUUCGUGGUAAUGCUACCUGUUGGUGCUUCCAACAUCGACAUCCGGCAGCGAGGAUACCGGGGCCUGGUGAAUGACGAUAACUACCUGGCAGUGCGGGACAGCCAGGGCCGCUACCUGCUCAACGGAAAUUUUGUGGUGUCAGCCGGUGAGCGUGACGUGGCCGUUCGGGGGGGGCCGCUGCGCUAUAGCGGCACUGCAGCAACGGCCGAGACUUUACGCGCCAUCGGCCCCCUGCGCGAGCCACUGGCCGUGGAACUGCUCUCCGUGGGCAAGAUGACGCCACCCCGUGUCCGUUACUCCUUCUAUCUGGCCAAGGAGAGCAAGGAGGACAAGGUGCUGAGGAAGGAGGGCUGGAGUUUGUCGCAGAACAAUGUGCUGAGCAGCAGGGGGCACCAGCCAUCCCCCUCACACAAGCAGGCCCUGGGGGCGUGGUCUGCGGGCCCCUGGGGGUCCUGUUCCGCCAGCUGUGGCGACGGCCUCCAGAAGCGGCUGGUUCGCUGCCUCGAGCCGACCGGCACCUGCGACCCAGCCUGGAAGCCUGAUGCCAUGCGGUCCUGUAGGGAGCCCUGCCCAGCCUGGGAUGUGGGAGAGUGGUCGCCUUGCUCGCGAAGCUGUGGCAAAGGUUUCAAACGGCGCGUGCUGCGCUGCGUCUCCCGCACUGGCCACCUGCUGCACCGGGAUCAGUGCACCAGCAGGAAGAAGCCGCAGGAGCUGGACUUCUGCAUCGUCCAGCGCUGCUAAGCUCCACCUCCCCGGUGAGGCUCCGCCUCUGUCUCAGAGACACACUUCCUGUUCCUGUAUACAUGUGCAUGUGUCUGCUGGCACCAUGGGGCAGAAACAGGGGCAAGAAAGAAGAGGGGGGGUGACCCCCGUGGUUCAUGAUGCUGGAGUGAUGCGACAUCUACCUCUGACCAGGCAUGAAAACACGUACGCACACGCAGGCGAUAAAGACACAUGCAGGUGUUUGUUUGGGUGACAGGCAGACUAAGAGUCAGUUUAAGUACUUAAACUGCUUGUUGGAACUUAAAAUAGUCACUGGAUUUACAGGGGACCCUUACCUUAGUCAGAAGAGCCAUUGUUCACACUGGUCCCGGCGAUGUCAUCGUACUGCAAAAAAGUGUUUUCUCACUCUACCACACACCUAGCCUCCAGCUGCAUGUGGGAUCGUAGAUGUUCAUUCACGCACUGUGCAGCAUAUAUUGUGGAUUUGCGUUUCCGAGUUUAACGGCUAUGUCUUUGAGAGGAACGCCAUCCCCACAUCCUGCUGUCUAGACCCUUCCUGUCAUCUGUAUAGUUUGUAGAAGUCCUGCAGUCCAGCUCUUCACCUGUAUCUCGCUGUCCUCUUUGUUGUCUUCCAUCUAAAAGAUGGUUGCUGUAUUACAGAUGUCUUUGUGAAAUUUUGUUUCGUGUGUCAUUCUGCAAAAGCCAAGUCCUGUCUCAGCUAUAUUGUAUACUGUGUAUACAUCCACUUAGCUGUGCAGAAAUAAAUCAUGUAAAUAACAUUUUUUUUACUCAUGAUUUGUAUUUUCUUUGAUCUCAGAGUAUUUAUUCAAAAUAAAGUCAUUUAACACUGA